AACUAUAAUAGAUACUGGACCUGUAUAGUAUUGGAUUUGUAUAGUAUUUAUAGUAUUGGAAGAAAAUACGAUAGAUUGGAUCUAAUCUUUUUCCUUUUCAGUUUUCAUAUACUUCGAGUUCUUUUGAUACCUAUUUGAUACUUAUUUAAAAUUAAUAUGCCUAAUUUUCAAUAAACACGGAUCCAACUUGGCAAGAAUAAGGAAUAAUUUUUUUUUAUUAUUUUCUAAGUGACUCCAAAAUAAUGUGAUUUUUAACUUCUCAAUUCACCUUAUAUUAUACUUUUUUUUAAAUAUUUUUAUUUCACGCGAUCUGCUAGUCGAUUUGUAAUCAAUUUUGAGAAUUACUUGUCCCAUACAAAGAUUUUUCUAAUGGAUAAUAAUGAAAUGGUAACCCCUAUUUAUUUAGCUUUUAUUUAUCUAUCUUAUUUAGCUGUUGACAUACACGGGCGGGGCACCAGUGAAGGAUUAUAAGUAAAAGUAGGUCAAUUGACCCUUUAUAAAAGCCGCGUAUAUACUUACAUAUGUUUUUGUGAAAUUUCGUUCUCAUUCUCAGGUAAGUACCAGACAAUUUUGGGCUGGGCAAUUUUCGUCGAACUGAUGGGCUCUGCUCUUCACACGCUCCCUUCCCUUGGCGCUUUCUGCUGCCGAAACUGCCCAUUGCGGUGGCUCGAUCUUGCAUCUUCUUCUAUAUUAUUUUUGAACAACUUUAUAUCUGGAGAAUUGUCCGCCAUGUUCCGCUUACCUUCCUUAUGUGCUUCGCUAUUCUCCUCUACUAUACGUGAUCUCAUUGCCGAAGCUAUCGACGCAAUGUCACCGACAUUAACUAGUCUCGGAACCUCCGUUUUAUUACUAAUAUAUUAUUGGUUAGUUGAGUUAAAUUAUUUGAGGAAAAUAUUUCUAAACAGCUAACCAGUGAUAUGAACUUCUACAACAUAACCCUUAAUUCAGUGGUAAUCUGUGGUACGCAUUCGGUUGGACAGGAUCGCAGGUACUAUGCUUAAUGUCCCAUACUUUCAUCAUGGUACCUGCGUUCAGAGACUUCAGUUACAGAGGAUGUAUUUAAGUUUUUUUUCAUGGGUAAAAAUGGAAUAGUAACCCCGCCUGCGCUUAACGGUAUGCGCUGGCAGAGCACCAGUGAGAGAUGAUAGAUGAGUAUGAAAAGGCAGGUCAGAAAGCCCAUCGUGAUGAAUAUACCUAGAAUUCAGCAAGAUAGUUUCCAAGGGCGACCACGUGGAGGUCGACCUGGCAGAGCAUAUUUAUAGCAAUGGGACUGUCAAAAAUCCCUUCUCCCUCCGGUUUCAAGUUGGAAUAGAUCCUGGUUGUGCAUGUAACGGCUAAACAAACACCGCGUCUCAAAAGCAUAUAAGAAAUUUGACAACUAAUACAAAACCAUUUACUAUUUAGACGUGUUUAUCGUGUUGUAGACAUAUCCUUAAAAAUAGGUAUUAUUUUAUUAAACUAAUAUGAGUUUCUUGGCGAGUCACCAUGGUGACAAAAAAACCCAAACAUAAUGUUGCACCCAGAAAAAGUCGUAGAUAUAAGUUUUAUGUACCAAAUUAGAUUUGAAUUUGUGAUAUUACAAUGAAUGACUAAUAAUUAAUCUCUUAAUUGGCAAUGGUGAUGUCAUUUUUACACAAGUCACGCUAUACAGAGAAAUGUAAUUUUCAAUACUGCGCGCGCAGAAGUAAUAAACUGAACCUUUUAGAAGUCCCUAAAAAUAACAGAAACAAAAGACGACAUACGCCCGCAAGUAGUUAGAUACCUACUAAUAUUCAAAUGCAUAAAUGUUGCACAUCAAGUCAAUCAAGGACAUCUCAAAGGAGGAUAAAUGGACUACAACUCCCUCUGAACUACCAGCAAAUUCUUGGUUGGAUUGUUUUUGUUACUACUGGAAUAAUCAACUUUGUGAUACUUGUAGAAAUACAAUUUAAGGAACUGCGAAUAGUAGCUUUAGUCAUGUACGUGUUCCUCUACGUAUCUCAUGUCGUGUCACAUAUCACAGCAUGUUAUAUCGAUCCAAGUGAAGAUUCGUUACGGAAGCUGCCAAGGAAUAAUAUACCUGAAUUUGACCGUAGCAUUCACGCUCACGUUAUUGAAAAUGGGAGAUGUCAUUUAUGUAACAUAUACACAAGCACUAAGAAGACCAAACAUUGCAGCAUCUGUAAUAAGUGCGUUGACCAUUUUGAUCACCACUGCAAGUGGUUAAAUAACUGUGUGGGAUUGAGAAACUAUCCAUCAUUUGUGGCGAGCGUUGUAACUGCUUUAUUAAUAUCUAUCCUUACGUCGUCCCUAUGUUUAACAGAUAUUGUGUUAUUUAUACUUUACCCUGAACAACUAAGUCCAGCGGCACAGAAUUUUAUCAACUGUACGUUAGCAAUCGAUACACCACAUUACAUUAAAUAUUGUAGCCAAUCAAUAAUAUUUCUAGUGUUUUUAAUAAUACUUUGUAUAAGUGCCUUUGCAAUAGCUUGUGCCUUGUUACACUUAUGCUGUUUUCAUAUUUAUAUAUCAAUUUUAGGUGUAUCAACCUAUGAAUACAUUAUGAAAAGCUCUCCCUCAGAAUCUUUUACUAAGUUCAAUUGUCGUAGAAUGAACAUCUCAAAUAAAUUAGAUGUGAAUAAGAUCAAAGAACGCAGUAAAACUUAUCAAUCUGCUGAAACUGAAAACUCUGAACAAGGAAUAGGAAAUGCAGACGUAAGGAUACAAGAGAAGAUAAACAGUUCACCAGUUAGCAGUGAAGCAAAUUUAUCGAACUUGAUAAGUGUGUUAAUCAAUAGUGAAUUACGUAAAAAAAUGUUUUUUUAUGACAAAAACAAAAUACAUCCUCAAAAAGAAGAGAGCAGCGGUAGUUAAUAUAUAUCAAAUGAAAUUUGUAAACAUUUUAAAUUUUCUAAAAAUGUAUCUACUGCAUUCUGGAUUCUUAAUAUUUAAAAUAUAUGUGUUCUCACUGCAUUCAAACUCUUAUCCCUUUACAACCGAACUGAUCGCAUUUCAACUUAAUUAGAACACGAAAGAAAAUUGUAAAUAUAUGAAUACUAUUAAUUUAUUGCUCUCUCAUUAUCUCUUUUUUUUUAACUUUAUUGUAAUAUAAUCAUAAAUUAAGGAUUUUCUCGGAUAGUUAAAGGAUAAGGGUUGGAGUCCAGUUUUAAUAAGAUUAAAUUCUAUUUGACGUUUCACUAUAAUUCAUGUAGCGACUAGGUGUUCUCUAUAAUAAUAAUAUUAAAGGACCAUAAUGCAUUGUUUGUAAAAAUAAAUAUAUAUGGAACUAGGUACUAAUACAAACAUACAGAGACAAAAUUUUUAAAAAAUAUUGUUAAAAAAUUUUAUCUAUUAAGACCAUAUUAUUUUUUUCUUAAAUAUCUCUCGUGUACAGACACACGUGUGGUUCUAUUUUAUUAUGUUAGUAACAUAUGGAGCCUUAUGGCAUCGAAGUCUGAAAUAGGUAGUACUUUUAUAUUAGAGCAUUUAAUUACUUGUACUUAAAUGUACUUUUUCUUUUAUUUUAGUACAUUGUUAAACACAAUAAGAUUUAAGUAUAGACUGCAAAUUACAAUGAAAUCAAUUAAAAAUUUUUUAUUUCUUCUUGCAAAUUUUGGUAUGAUGAUUAUUUAAUCUAUCUACAGUAUAAUUAUUAUAUUCAUAAGCAGUGUUUUAACUAAUAUGUAGGUACUAAGUUCUUUAUAGGGGAGAAUACAAUUUACAUUCAUAUUUAAAUGUCUAUAGUAUUGUUCCACUUUCCGUCCGGUAGACUGUUCAGAAGUAAUUCAUCCGAGACCGUUAUUCUGUUUACCAUUAAUAGUAGAUGAAAAAAUUUGUGAAAUGGCCAGAAAGUAGGUUAAAUUGAAAGUAUAGUUAAUAUAAUUCGUCAUUGUAAUUAUUGAGCUUUAUAAAAAAUUUGCCGAGCUAGUUACCAUACGUCGUUUUGUGCACUACUGGAUCCGUAUUUUGUUAUUGGUAAAACUCGUCUCUUCAAUUAGAGCAGGGGUUCCCAAACUUAUUUUGCCUAUUACCCACGUUGAAAAAAAAAAAAUUUUAGCGCCCUCAUUUUUUCACCUACUUAUAAACCACUACUAUUUUUAAUUAAUCAAUUAUUGUAAGCUAUAUUAGCGGAGAUUAAACAUUAAUUCUAAACGAGCCAACGAGGGGGCUUUAUCCCCCACUUUGGGAAUGGCUAAAUUAGAGCAAUCAAUACAUGUUUACAUUUUAUUAAAAUAGAUUGAGUGGUCUCUGACAUUAGCCAGAACGAACAUGGUGACAGGAUUUUUAUAUAUUAAGAAAGAAGAUGAUUCCAGUUACAAAUUAAGACAAACAUGAUAUAUUUCUAUUCUUAUACCAUCCUUUGACUCUUAAAAAAAUGUGUAUCAUUAAUACCUUAUAAUUUAAGACUGUUCCACAAAAAAUAACUUCAAUUGUGGCAAAACCAGUUAUUUUGAUUUCAAAACUAAACUCCUGAACCGACUUUGAUAAAACUUUCUACGCGACCAACCUGUAAGUAUAUACUUUUAGAUAAAAAGAGAAUUUUUUUUAAUUGAUGGAGUUAAUAAAAAAAUACUAUCGAAUUGAUAAUCUCCCAUUUUUUAAGUUGGUUGAAAAGUGCAAAACUGUUUAAUUUUAUAAUAUUAUUAAUUUGUGGAAGAAUAUAUAAAAGUAUAUUCUUGUGCAUAAUUAAAAAAUUAUAAUAAUUUUAUAAAUUAAUCACGCUACACGUAGUGUGAUCUCAUUGUUUAGGUAAUCGGCUGUAUUAAUUUCUAAUUUAAAAAGUAAAAUUUAUCUUUUAUUUGUUAUUAUUAUAAUCUUAAUAUUAGUACUAUAAUUUACUGUGAUAAUAGAUUAUUUUAAUUACCAUAGCUACUUUACAAAUUCAU